AUGGCGAAGAAAGCGGUGUUGAUCGGGAUCAACUACCCCGGAACAGAGGUGGAGCUACAAGGCUGCGUCAACGACGUCCAUCGGAUGUACAAGUGCCUCGUUGACCGCUACGAUUUCGCCGAGGAUGACAUCACGGUGCUGAUAGACACCGACAAAUCUUACACUCAACCCACCGGCAAAAACAUCCGUCAUGCCUUGUCGGAACUCAUAAAGCCGGCAAAAGCCGGUGAUGUUUUAUUCGUGCAUUACAGUGGACACGGUACGAGGGUCCCACCUGAAACAGGGGAAGAAGACGAUACCGGUUUUGAUGAGUGUAUCGUUCCUUGCGACAUGAAUCCAAUCCCUGAUGAUGAUUUCAGGGAUAUAGUCGAACAGGUUCCAGAGGGAUGUCAGAUAACGUUCAUAUCAGACUCUUGCCACAGUGGAGGACUCAUCGAUGAAGCCAAGGAACAGAUUGGAGAGAGCGCCAAUAAGAAGCCAAAUCAAGAACAAAAAGUUUCCAUUUUCGGAUUCGAAUUCUUCAACUUCUUGCAUAGCGUUUUGGUGAAUUUUCUUGCGUUUUGUGGAAUUUGGAGAUCUCAGGAAGAACCGCACGAGAUUAAGACUAGGGAGAUCGUAAAGAGAGAUGAGACUGUCAAAUCAAGGUAUCUGCCACUGGAGAGCUUCAUUAGUGUUCUGAAACAGCAAACCGGGAAAGAAAAUAUUGAGAUCGGGGAAAUCAGACCGACGCUUUUCGAUGUGUUUGGCGAAGAUUCGAGCCCGAAAGUGAAGAAGUUCGUUAAAGUGAUGUUCACCAAGCUAAACGAUGGUCAAAGUGGGCUACUUGGUAAGAUAAAAACUGCGAUGGAGACACAAGUGAAGAGUGAUCGUGAUAUCUAUGGAGGAGGACAAAGCAACGGAAUGUUUCCGGACAGAGGGAUUCUGUUGAGUGGGUGUCAAACGGAUGAGACAUCAGCGGAUGUGAAAAAGAGUGGACAAGCUUAUGGAGCGUUUAGUAAUGCGAUUCAGAUGGUUUUGUCGGAGACUAAGGAGGAAGACAAGAUCACGAACAAGGAAAUGGUUUUGAGGGCAAGAGAGUUUCUGAAGAAAGAGAUGUUUACUCAGAGACCAGGAUUGUAUUGUGAUGACCGUUUUGUGAAUGCUCCGUUUAUAUGCUAA